GUUACAGUAUUCCAAAAGGCUGAUGAUCGAUUUUUGCUCCCGAGACGUCUCUCUCUCUCUCUGAAGGUCUGGGAUCCAACAUGUGAAUCAAAGAACAUCAAAAUGAACUGGAAUUUCUGCUUGGACUUUAUUUUUCUGUACAGGAGUAUCAUUCUCACUUAUUUCCUGCACUCUCCUGUUCCUCUCCCUCUUGAAGUCUCAUAUGCUACAUUGACACAUGCCAUAAUAAAACAAAGGUGGAAAAGAAGAUACAGCUUAACGCCCCUCCCCUUUCACGGUGUGUACUACGCACAGACCAACGGUCAUCAGUACAGAAAAAAGUGAAAUCAACCUGCUAGAGCCAAGCUGGCAGUUUCCUAAUAAUUUAGUUUAUCUGAAAGCAUUUUGAUUGGCGUAGUUAUUAUCAUUCUGUGUCGGUUAGCUUUCUUUGUUGUACCGGAAGUUUUCUUCAUUUAGUAACUGUCAGCAAGAUGGCAGAGUGGUGGAAAGAAAUACUAGUGAAAUUCCUAAUACCAGAGACGUGCUAUGAUGAGUUUUUUGUCAAUUUCAACUUCCUUCAUGUACCUUGCUUGAAGAUUUUAAUUAGUAAAGGCCUGGGCAUUGGCAUCAUCAUGGGGUCAGUCAUGGUGAAGCUUCCACAGAUAUUCAAGAUUUUGGGAGCAAAGAGUGCUGAGGGUCUGAAUUUUACCUCCAUUCUCUUGGAGUUGGUAGCGAUCACAGGGAUGAUGGUGUACAGCAUUGCCAACAGCUUUCCAUUUAGUGCCUGGGGAGAAGCUCUUUUCCUAAUGAUUCAGACUGUGGCCAUUGGCUUUCUGAUCCAGUACUAUGGGGGAAAGACCAGUAAAGGUGUUGGCUUAUUGAGCAUUUAUUUUGCACUGCUGUCUCUGCUGCUGUCACCACUUACCCCCAUGGCAGUUAUCACCAUGCUGCAGACUAGCAACAUGCCAGCUGUAGUGAUAAGUCGGCUAAUGCAGGCAGCUACUAACUAUCAGAAUGGGCACACAGGCCAACUGUCUGCUGUCACUGUAUUUCUACUCUUUGCGGGUUCGUUGGCCAGAAUAUUUACCUCAGUACAGGAGACUGGUGAUCCUCUAAUGGCACUUACAUUUACCGUGUCUGCUACAUGUAAUGGAGUAAUCGUAGCUCAGCUGCUGUACUACUGGAAUGUUGUGCCACCUCGUGUCAAGAAAGUACAAUAAUUGUGGUAGAAAAUGUACUGUACUGUACCUUGCACUCCCCAGGAAUGAAUGCAGAAGAGAAAGAAAAACAUAAUGAAGAGUGUGUAAAAUUCAAGUGUGCUGAACACUGCAGGAUGGGACUACACUUGACAGGCCAGCUCUAAGGAAAAACAGUUGUCCAUUCAGUUUUUGGCACCUUCUUUUACACCAUUUAGAGUAUGUGGGAACAGUGUCUUCUCCCUUUUAAUGAGAAACUCCUUAGCUACGUAGUCAUGCAUAUAGUUUAUUUGGUGCAAUAUGACCACCAGUUUAUCUUGUAUGAAAUACCAAAAUGCAAAUUUAAUUGUCCUUUACCACCAAGUAAAGCACUUUAAGAGAUAAGAGACCAAAUGUUUUUAGCACCAUUUGUUUUGCUGGUAAAUUCCAUUAAAACUUUCCUGUUAUGAAAAUCUUAA